CUCUGUCUGAUGAUGUUUCAGCGCGUCUAUAAAGCUGCCGUGUUGUAUUAUAUCGGAGUGUUUGCAAAUUAAUUUGCUUUCCAAAAACUAUAAUUGGGAUAAUAGAAGUGUCACCGGGAAAAUAAAUAAAUCAAUGUUAUCUUAUCAGUGACACAACUCUAAUGGAAGAAGCUCUCAAUACGCAAACAUCGAAGAAUAAAAUGUUCAUUCUCUUUCGAGACGUUUGUUACUACUUGUUUUGAUCAGCAGUAGCAUGACCAAGCCGACGACUGUAAGUUUGCUAAACUGGAAACUUUAUCCGCAAUGGAUUGCUGCUACAGGAGUUGUGCAGCUACUGAUUCAACUAGGGGUAAUGUGCACCUGGUCGUCACCCUUUCUGGGUCAGCUGACCAGGACGGACUCUCCUAUUUUUCUUACCCUGGAUGAAGCUUCAUGGGUGGCCGCGCUUCUCAACAUGGGCCGUUUUAUUGGAGCCAUCAGUGGUGCACUGUGUGUCCAUUACUGGGGCAGCAAAAAUGCUAUAGUCUGCACUCUUUUGCCAAUGAUUUGUAGUUGGAUACUUUUAUUUUUAGCCAACAGUCCGAUGAUGUUGUACGUCGCUAGAUUUUCAGGCGGGUUAGGUCUGGGAAUGACCUUCAGCUGUUUCCCUCUAUACCUAGGAGAAAUAGCUCUUCCCCAGAUUCGCGGUGCCAUGGUAACCAUCGCAUUCUGCGGCUCUCCAUUUGGAUACGUCUUGGUCAGCCUGGUUGGCUAUUACAUGUCAAUGAAGAUGUCCAGCCUGGUUUUUCUCGUUUUGUGCUUGAUCAACAUCGGCAUGUUCAUGGGUCUACCGAAUUCCCCGCAUCAUCUGAUGAAGAUAGGUAAAUUGGAGGCUGCUCGCAAGUCCAUCCACUGGUACAGAAGUGGUAUUGGCGUCGAUGAAGAGUUUGAAGCUGUCCAGAAGUUUGUUACGUCGUCUGCAGUCACUAGCUUGCAUGACCAACUCAACGAAUUCAAGAAUCCACCGAUUAGAAGAGCGCUUUUCAUAAUCAUCAUGUUGUUUACCUUCACGCAAAUUUGCGGAUUGAACAGUCUCAUGUUUUACAUGGAGAUGGUUUUCCGUAGAGCCAAGUCCGAUUUGAUCGACCCAUCUCUUGCAGUGAUAUUAAUCAACGCUUCAGGACUCUUGACGGCUAUUCUAUCGGUCAAAAUGAUGGACAAGUGCGGUAGAAAGGUUCUCUUGAUGAUUUCCGGCACCGGCAUAUCCAUUUCCAUGAUAGCGCUGGGUACCCACUUCAUCUUGAUGGAUUUAGGCUUCGAUCCAUCCAAAUUUCAGUGGCUUCCUGUAGCCUCGGCGUUCUUGUUCAUGAUCACCUUUGUCUUCGGGCUGAUGCCCACGCCAAGCGCUGUUCUGAGUGAGUUAUUCCCAGCGAAUAUCAAGUGCAUCGCAGCGUGUAUUGCCAGCUUUACUGGUGCACUGUUUGCAUUUGCCUCGACAAAGACAUGGCAACCUACGAUUGAUGCUUUGGGUGAGGCUUACGUGUUCUACAUACAAGCUGCCCUUACAAGCCUCAUGGUGCCUUUCGUGUGGUAUUUCAUGCCCGAGACGAAGGGAAAGACGCUGCAACAGAUUCAAGAUGACUUGAUGACUUGACAUCCCAUAGUAAAACCAUUAUUAGGUAUGUAUCAUUUGUAUGCGGAUUACGAGAUUUAUGUUGACAAUGCCAAAAAAAGAGAAUCUCCUAAAGAAAUAUAUCUUUUAGGGGGUAAUCUAGUAGUCAAUUUUACAAUUAUUGAAUCGCGUAUAAUGCGACAAACAUCUUUAUUGAGAGUUUACUCAAGAUGAUUAAGGCAAUUUAUUUGUACAACUGAAGGCUUAAAGACGUCCGUUGUGGCAGUAAAGACGUCAUCUUUGACGAAAACAAAAUUUUGUGUUUUUUUUUUCACGAGGAGGAGACACUAAUUGUUAAAUAUACAAAUUUUAUAUGCCAUUAACAUUUUCUUAUGCUCAAUACGUUAGUUGAUCUGGCUAAAUGAGUAGAUGAAAAAUAUCUAUCUUUGUAGUAAAAUCAAGAGUCAGCACAGAAUAUUUCCUAAGUUACCUAAUACGAUUUCAAAUACCCAAGGUCAUCAUUAUCGAGAAACUAACUUUCAAUCAGAGACAUCUGAAAAUGUAAACAACAAAUAUAUCAUCGCACUAAAUGAAAGCUCAUAAAAUUAUCUAGAAUAAAAAGUUUAAAAAAUCGAACUGACGACGUGGAAAGUUCAAAUGUCUAUUCUUAUCUUAUCAAUCAAAAGCAAAUAGCCUCUCGUUAAAAACGUAUUCGCGGAUGUUCGAAGAUUCAGUCUGCAGAAGACUCAACGCAGAUCUGGACCUACUCGUUUGUUGCUCGUGACAGCGCAAUAAUGAGCCCCCCAACGAAUUUCGUCGCACGAGUCAAAAAGCUGUAUCCGCAAGCAUUAGCCGCCUUCGCAGGUAGGAGAGAAAGAGUGAGCGCGUUUUAAUCGAGUGUACAAGUGUUAUGCAUAAUUAUAAAUCAUGUGAUCGGGCCGAGAAACGUGCCAAUGCUAAUAAGGUUCUACGACUUUGUAGACGUACUAUUUUGCGUCGUUUUGUCAAUCACGAAGUUUUGAAAAAUGUUGCAAUAUGAUGCAAGGCUGUAGACGAUUAAUUGAUGGAAUUUAUUCAAAAACUAUUAUUCUUUUAUUUUAUUCAUUAUUUAAUUCUUUGGCAAUGAUCAACUAGUACGAAUAUUUAUAAUAUCAAAAGCUUCGCGAAGUUGACACUAAUAUUUUUCUGACCUAUGUAGGUACAUGUGUACUGACAAAUUCGAGAAAUUUUAUGAACAAAUCAUCAAAAUUAAUUACUGUAAAUUAAGAAACUCAGUCUCCAUAUGUAUCGGUUUCUAUAGACAAUAAUAACUGCUCGUGUAUGUUUGAAGAUCAUUAUACACGCUCAACUGAACUAUGCGUUUUAUUAUGUCAUACGAGUAGCGAGAUUACAAGAUGUGACGAGACAUCGCACGUGAAACUAUUUUUUUCUCCAACAAAGAAAAGAGAUAUCGCUAUCUCGGCUUGUAAUUUCAAUUUUCCGAACAAACUCUUUGAAAUUGAAAGAUCUUCGGCGAACUUGGUUUCACGCAUUUUUCAAUCUUGUUUUUCUGUAAUAUCUACAUUGUACUCUUAACGCAGCAAUAAAAAUUUCGAAAACAACAGUGUCAUAAAUUCUUCUGCAACACACCCGACUGAAUCUCCCAAGCUCAAUACUCUCAUCCAACGAAAUUCCACCUCCUUAAAAAUUAUUCCAGUAUGGAUAAUAACGGCCCAGAUCGGCGUGAUGUGCGUCUGGUCCUCUCCCUACCUGGCUCAGCUAACAGCCCCAGGCUCACCCUUACCGCUCACCCUGACCGAGGCCUCCUGGGUGGCCUCCCUGCUCUACUUGGGUCGUCUGGUUGGCGCGUUCCUGGGCGCCGUCUCGGUCAGCUGGCUGGGCAGUAAGAAGACGACCCUCAUCACGGCCAUCCCCACGGCCCUGGGCUGGAUCCUCAUGAUCGCCGCGGACUCGCCCAUUUGGCUCUACGCCGCUAGGAUAUGCCUCGGCUUGGGUUUUGGCUUCGCCUACUCCUGCUUCGCGUUGUAUCUUGGAGAGGUCGCCGCGCCGGAGAUUAGAGGUUCGCUCGUGUCCUUUGCCGUGAUGGGAGGUCCGGUUGGUAACUUUCUGGCCAGCGUUACGGGCUCCAACAUGAGUCUACGGGCCUCGAGCGUGACUUACUUUGUCCCUUGCGUCCUCCUCGUAAUUCUGAUGUGUCUGCUGCCUGACUCGCCCCAUCACUUGGUCAAAGUGGGAAACUUCGAGGCUGCUCGAAAGUCCAUCGCCUGGUACCGGGGCAGCGAGAAAGUCGAGAACGAGCUCGAGGAAGUUACGAGAUUCGUCAAGGCGACCGGCGCAGCUAGUUUCAUGGAGAGAAUGGCCGAGUUCAGACUGCGCCACGUGCGAAGGGCUACGGUCCUCGUGAUGAUGCUGUUCGCCUUCAUGCAGCUUUCCGGCCUCAACAACGUCCUCUUCUACAUGGAGAUAAUCCUGAUCCGCGGAAAGUCCAGCGUCAUCCAGCCCUCGAACGUCGUCUCCUACGUUCUCCUGUGCUCGGUCGUCGUGGCGAUAAUCUCGAUCGGCCUGUACGACAAGUGCGGCAGACGCAUUCUCAUGAUGGUCUCGGCCACCGGUGUUUCGAUUUCUCUGGUCGGCCUCGGCACACACUUCAUCCUGCAAGAGAAGGGCAUCGUCUGGGUGGGAUCGCAGUGGCUGCCGGUCGCGACGCUCUUCGUCUUCAUCACCUUCUUCGUCAUCGGGCUGGGCUCCAUUCCCAGCAUCGUCUCCAGCGAGGUCUACGCCGCGAACAUCAAGUCAGUCGCCUGUUGCAUCGCCAAUCUAACCGCUGCCGGUGCGGCUUUCUUCGCUUCCAAGAGUUACCAACCGCUGGUAGAUCUGUUCGGCGAGGCGUACGUCUUUUACGGCCACGCGAUCAUCACCUUUAUGGCGGUCCCGUACGCGGUGUUCUACAUGCCCGAGACGAAGGGCAAGUCGCUGCAACAGAUUCAGGAUGAUCUCAUCAGGAAAUGAGUAGAAGUUUAGUGAAUUAAUCUUGAGCUAUCGGUGAUGCUCGCCUUGCAUUGUUUAACAGGAAUGUGUGUACCUUCUGCUGCUGAUCUCACUUUGGGAAAUUAAUCGAGAACUGUCUGGAAUGACUUGUUAUUUGAAAAGGCUGCGUUAUUUUUAUUGUUAGGUCGACCAACGUUGAAUUUGCGUUGCUUCUUUAAUAUAAUUAUACUUUUGUUGGCUGCGCAUCUUUUAACUAGGAUUACGUAUAAACACAAUGCGUUAAGUAAGAAAUGUAAAUAAUCGAUAUACCAAGAUGUAGUUAUCUAUGUAAAUUAUCAUAAUUAGAAAUGCAAUCAACAAAUCUCGCAUUGUUUGCUAUUUUAUUUCUGCCCAAUAUAAUAAUUAAUCGGAAAUUAUAAUCGAGAGGCAUAUUUACGAACAAUAGACGAAAAAGACUGAAACGUAAUGUACUAUGUAAAAUGUGAUAAAGACAAGUAAUCCUUAAGUAUGUUCGAUGCGAUCGCGAAUAAUUAGACUUUUCAUCAACGUUUCCAUUGUUAUGGCGCCGUCACACUCGUUGACGAAAUUGAAAAAAAGUUUAUAAAUAAAUCUGACUCUCAUCGAAAA